GACACACAGCUGGGCAUGAGCUGGACACAGGAAUGGUCCCACUGCUGCUGCCUGGGAAGGUGGCACCGGGCAGUGCCAGCACUGGGGCUGUCCCUUGGAGCUGGGGCCGGGGUGUGUGACCGGGCUGUCCCUGCAGAGUUGAUCGAGCGGUGGCAAAGCAAGAAAAAGUUCUACUACUACCACCAGAAGUUCCCCCGUGUGCCUGACCUGAGCGAGUGCCUGGAGGGUGACUACCUGUGCUACUAUGAGGCCGAGGCUCAGUGGAGAAGGGACAGGAUGGUUGAUCAGGAAAUCGUGGAGAUAGUCCGGGAAAGGAUGGCUGCAUGCAAGCAGAGGGAAGGACCCAACCAGUUCCAGAACUGUGCCAAGGAGAUGGAGCUGCUGGCACAGGUCACCAAGGCCUACCAGGACAGAUACGGUGAGCUGGGUUACCAUGGGAAUGCACGGACGUGCCUGAUGAAGCAGAAGCACAGGAUGAUGGAGGAGAGGAAAGCAGCGCAAGAAAACCAGUAGAGCUGAAACAAUUCCUCCCUCUGUGGUGCUGGUAUCCAAGUGCAUGUUGCUUCCCUGACCUCUGGUGCCGCUGGCCUCCACAAUAAACAGACAUCUGUACAGUUGG